GCUGGGAGAAGGGGAGGAGAAUAGGAGGAAAACAGGAGAGCUCUUCUCCAACAGGAGCAGAGGGAGGAGGGAAGGCAGAGCAGGGCAGCUUACAAAGGGGAUCUGCAUUGUAAGCAGCUCUGUCAGCAGCAAGCGGCGGCAGCAGCUCCUCUCAGCCUACGUUUGUUUCUACUGAGAAACCAGCAGGAGUAUCUAGGAGCAGCAGAACGGAGCCGAAGAGCUGUUUUCAAAGCUCUGUGGAGGAGGAGGAGGACCAGCGGGGAGGCAGAGAAGCCGGGAGGAACACAAGGCAGGAAUGGAUAGCAGAGUGACGAGUCUGAGUCUGGGACGGCUGGGAUUCAAACGCUGCUGCUGGCCGCCGUCCAGCACGCUCACUAGGCUGUGAGCGCCACAGAGCCUCCAUGAGCGCGCUCAGCCAUGUUCCCCGGGUAUGGAUUAUCCACCUUUCCUGAUUUCCAGCCCCACCUUCAUGCUUUUUGCUGCAGAGGAGAGAGUCCCAGAAUGUGGAUUCCACGCUCAGGAGAGCCCCCGGCUCCAAGUGACUCUAGGGAGGGCAGGCCUCUCCUCCACAAGCACGUUGCCGUGUGCCAGCAGGAGACACUGGCCUUUAUCGAGCUACAGCCAUCGGUGUCCCCCCGGCUGCAGUGUUUGGGUCCUCAGAGACCGAGCGUGAUCUCUGAUGCUGAAUGCAUAUCUCACGUUCUGCCUCUGAAGGGCUUCGGUCAGACUCUGAAUGAGCUGAAUGACAUGCAGAAAGCCCGGCACCAGACAGGCGGUGAGCAUGACAUGAAGCCGAACCCUCCUGGACGUACCAUGGAUGAGCUCCGACCCAGAAAUCCCAGCAGGACUUCUUCCCUGGAGCAGACAGGGCAGCAUCGAACAGUUACAACCGUUUGUCGUCCACUCCACGCGGCCCUCAGCCUCCCUCUCCCGCUGCCCCUGUCCUCUCUUUACUCCAACAAAGACUGCUGGGAUGCUCAGGUACAGUGCUCCUCAUCCUCGCCUGAAAGCCCCGGGUUUCCAGUUCAAGACUGCCUUCCUCAGAGAAGAACCUCCCAGGGGUCGCUCAAGGAGAAGUCCAUGCGGCGAAAAAUGCAGGUUUACUCUCCAGACAGCCUGAGCGACGAGUCUCUUAGCAGCCCGGUUCUGGAGGCUGACUACAUCUUUCCUGGACCCUUUGCUUCCUUCCUGGAGGAGGACCUGAGUGGAUUAUCAUCCCUGGAGACCGCCUCCACCCCCCCACCUGCAGACAAUUCAGCAGACCUCUGUCAGGAGGACAUUUUCAACGUCCCUGAAGAGCCUCUGCAGAUCAUAGAGGACUCUGACCCGGGAGCAGAAGAAGACAGCGGAUGUGUGGAGGCAGCCAUCCCCUCAGUAGGCGGCUUUCUGACACGCUGUCGCCAUGGAGACCAAGAACGCCGGCGCUUCUCCGCCUCAGAGCUGAUUUCCAGAUUGCAGCUUUCUCAAAGGAAAAGUUCCUUCACUCUGAAGCUGGGGAAGUCAUUGUCGGCUCGGGCAGCUUCCAGGGACCGACAGAGCCCCAACCUCGACUAUAAGUCCAACCACAGAUACCGCAGCUCAGGAGGCUCUGGGGACAGCGCCCCCCACAGUCCCAAUGGACAAGCGCCCCCCCUGCCCAGCAGUGACAGUGCUCAUCGGUGGAGCACAAAGCUCGGGAUCAGGAAGAAGUCCACAGAGGAGGACGUGAGCGCUCCAGUUCUGAGCUCAAACCGGCUCUCGCGCUUCUUGCCCAGCUCCAUCCUGUACCAGGAGUACAGUGAUGUCGCCAUCAACAGAGAGAUCCAGAGACAGCAGGGAAAGGAGCCCAGCCCAGAGGAGGAGGGCCUGAGGGACGACGGGUCCGAAGGCACCCCGUCUCCAUCCAAUCUGUCCCCGUCCAGCUCCUUCCGCUCCUCAAGAGGUUCUGCUUUUGCCCUGUGGCAAGACAUUCCAGACGUUCGGACCAGCGACCAGCUGGACAACUUCAGCAACGAGGAGAGGAAAUUACAGGAGGCAAAGUUUGAGCUGGUGACGUCAGAGGCGUCCUACAUCCGCAGCUUGACCAUCGCGGUGGACCACUUCAUGCUGUCCCAGGAGCUGGCUGAGUGUCUCGGAGCUCAGGAGAAGCAGUGGCUGUUCUCCAAACUCCCUGAAGUCAAAGACGUCAGUGAGAGGUUCCUGCAGGACCUGGAGCGCCGGCUGGAGGAAGAUAUUCUCCGUUUUGAUGUUUGUGACAUCGUCCUGGACCACUGCACCGCUCUGCGAAGAGUCUACCUGCCUUACGUAACCAACCAAGCUUAUCAGGAGCAGACGUACCAGCGGCUGCUGCAGGAAAACCCUCGAUUCCCAGGCAUCCUGGCCCGCCUUGAGGAGGACGCCGUGUGCCAAAGACUCCCUCUGACCUCCUUCCUGAUCCUCCCGUUUCAGAGGAUCACACGGCUGAAGAUGCUGGUGGAGAACAUCUUGAAGCGAACGGCUCCAGGAUCACGAGAUGAAGACACCGCCACCAAAGCCUUCAACGAGCUGAAAAAGAUCAUCAGAGAGUGUAACUCCAGCGUGCAGUCCAUGAAGAGGAUGGAGGAGCUCAUCCACCUCAACAAGAAGAUCCACUUUGAAGGCAAAAUCUUCCCGCUCAUCUCGCAGUCCCGCUGGCUGGUGAAACACGGUGAACUUCUGGAGGUGGACACUCAGAUGAUGAGCAUCUCUGGAUCCAAACUGAAGCUGCCCACCAAGCCAGUGUACUUGCAUUUGUUCAACGACUGCCUGCUGCUGUCCAGGAGGAAAGACACGUGGAAGUUCAUGGUGUUCGUUCAUGCCAAGAUUGGAGAGCUGAAGGUGAAGGAUCUGAGUCAGAAGCUGCAAGGCAUCUCCGGCUUCAUCUUCCACCUGCAGCUGUGUGACGGCCAGCAGCUCAAACAUCAGAUCCUGCUCAAGUCCCACACUGAGAGCGGGAAGCAGAGGUGGAUCACAGCAAUGUUCCCGUCAAACCCACUUGAAGACAUUGAGCAAGCCACUGAGAAUUACGAUAUAUCGCAAGUUCAGUGCAUCAAAAGUUAUCAAGCUCAGGAACACGAUGAGUUGACUCUGGAAAAAGCAGACAUCCUUCACGCCAAGAUCAUAACCAGUGAUGGCUGGGUGGAGGGCAUCCGCCUGUCAGACGGGGAGCGGGGCUGGUUCCCCAAAACCUACGUGGAGGAAAUCACCAGUCGCAGCGCGCGCCUCCGAAACCUCCGGGAAAAUAUCCGUAUCAAAUGUGUCACACAGAAACUGAGGGUGGAGGACUGAGCACAGCCCACCAGCCGGGACAGACGGGGGGUCCACAUGCAGAGAGCAGAUAUCAAACCGUGCAUCAGAUUUACAAACACAAACUACAAUGCAGCUUUUAAUGCAAACGCAACUUUUUUGAUCAAA